AUGGGGCCCGAAAUAUCAGACACAAGUGCCAAGCUAGAAGCCAUGUCGCAAGACCGCGAGGCCCUGCGGGCCGAGGUCGAGCAACUGCGGCGGCAGCUCGAGAGCAUACAGGAGACGCACGACCAGGAAGUGGCACAGCUCAAGACAGACCUCGGCGAGAGCGAGCAAGCCAAGGAACAUGCCGAGGCACAGUACCAGGCCUUGAUGGGGCGCCUCGAGAGGAUCAAGGAGACGCUGGGCGACCGGUUAAAGCGGGACAAGGCCGAGCUGGAGGAGGCCAAGGACCGCGUGGAGGAGCUCGAGACGCAGAACGAAGACCUGACGCGGGCAGCGCGCGCCGGCGAGGACGAGGCGGCCCGCCUGCGCGACGAGAUGCAGGAGCAGGGGCGCGAGCUAGCCAGCCUGCGCAGCCGGAACAACCUGUCGCAGCAAAACUGGCUCAAGGAGAAGGAAGACCUGGCGCGGCAGGUGCAGCAGCUCCGGGGUGAGCUCGAGUCGACCAGCGGCGCCAUGGGCGAGUGGGAGGUCAUCGCCAUGGAGGAGCGGUCGAUGCGCGAGAGCCUGGGCGAGAAGGUAGCCGACCUGGAGGAACAGCUGGCCGGCACGCGCGAGGCGUACGAGCGGGCCGCCCUCGAGCGCGACACGCAGUCGCAGGCCGUCGACGGCCUGCAGCGGGCGCUGCAAGAGAUCCAGGAAGCGCGCAAGCGGGAGCUGCGCGAGAUGGUCGAGUCCUCGGAGGAGCAGCUGCAGGCCAUGAAGAAGCGCGCCCAAGACGCCGACGCGCGAGCCGCCGACGCCGAAGCCGCUAGGGGGUCGCUCUCCAAAGAGCUCGAACGGACGGCGCCGUUCGAGAAGGAGGUCAAGGAAAAGAACCUCUUGAUCGGCAAGCUCCGGCACGAGGCAAUCGUCCUCAACGACCACCUCACGAAAGCCCUCAAGUACAUCAAAAAGACGAAGCCCGAGGAGACAAUCGACAGACAAAUCGUCACCAACCACUUUCUACACUUCCUCGCGCUCGACCGCUCGGACCCCCGGAAGUUCCAGAUCCUGCAGGUCAUCGCCGGGCUGCUCAACUGGACGGACGAGCAGCGGGAGCAGGCCGGGCUGGCCCGGCCCGGCGCCGCGGGCAACAUGCUGCGGCUGCCGUCGUCGCCCUUCCACCGCACGCCCAGCUCGCCCGCGCUCAACAACGACUUCUUCAGCGACGCGUCAGCCGCGCCCGGCGGCAAGGAGUCGCUCGCCGACCUCUGGGCCGGGUUCCUCGAACGCAGCGUCGAGGAGGCGGGCGCCGCAGGGGCCCCUCCCUCGCGAAAGGACAGCGUGUCCAGCGUGGCCACCACCACUACCACGGCGACUCGGCCCGAGACCAGGGGCCACAUCUAG